AUGAACUCACAAGUCAGCUUAGAUGCCUUGCCAUAUGUGGACAAACAGAUUGACGAACCAGGCGUCCGCAGCUUGGUCGACAAACUGAUCGCCUCCGAGAUGAAAAAAAUGCCUAAACCCAGGGACGCUUCAUCCCUAGGAUUCCCAGACAUCGACCUCUUCUCUUCAAACACCCUCAUCCAACAAGAACUCGACCGCGUCCGGAGAGGGAAACCCAUGGACCCCUCCCUCGACCUCUCCCGCUACCAACUUGACCCUCCUACUUCCUCCUCCACCACCACAACAACAUCAAAUACCACGACAGCAAACGGAUCAGCAGAAACAAUAACCCCAUCAGCAUCAGAGGAACUCCCAGAAGGUCGUACGCAAUGGCUCAAGGCCUUGGACAAUGCAAACGCUCAAUUGGAACAUCAGAACCAACGCGUCUUGAACCUCGAGCUGGUCCAGAAGUUUGGUGGCAAUGCCUGGAAUAUUCAUAACUACCAGCUGGAGUAUGACGUCUCGUUGCUUAGGGGGGCUGUGGAUAAGAAGAAGGCCGAGGUUAUGGAACUCAACAAGCUGCGAAAGCGUGAUCAGAUGGAUGUGGCAGAGUCGCUGCAGAGGCUGGAGGCAAAGUGGGCAGAGAUGAUCAGUUCGACACUCCAGGUUGAGGUCGCAAGCGCGUCGCUCCAGGCAGAGUUGGCCCAGCUGAAGGCAUAUGAGAUCCAAUUGAGCAAGGAACUGGGUGUCACUCCUCCUGCGCAGGACAGCCAAUAG